GACGGCUCUGACAUCAGCAUUUGAAAUAUAACAGCAGCUGUAACAAAUAAAGCUGAAAAUUCUCCUUUUAGUCCUUUAAAAAAAUGAGUUGUCGUGGCUACUUUCUGUGACGGCAGUGAGUCGGAUCUUUCCCAGCCUCUGUGGUCCCACUCCUGCCUGUGUGCAGCCUCCUAAAAGGCUCAAGAUGCUGCGAGAGAGCUCCAAGGCUUGGAGCAAUGGCUCAGAGGCCUACAGCAGCGAUCCUGAGGAGGACGAGGAGGAGGAGGAGGACAUGGUGUUUGGGGAGAAUGAUCAGGACGGCAUGGUAGAGGAGAUGAUGGAUCUGAGUGACCUCCCCACGGCUCUCUUUGCAUGCAGCGUCCAUGAUGCCGUGUUCGAAGAGGACAUGCACAGGGAGAGAUUUGAGGCAUUGUUUAGGAUCUACGAUGAACAGACGACUUUCCAGAUGUUCAAAAGCUUUCGGAGAAUCCGGAUCAACUUCAGCACCCCAGAGGCUGCUGCCCGUGCUCGCAUCGAGCUGCACGAGACAGAGUUCAACGGCAAGAAGCUCAAGCUCUACUUUGCCCAAGUCCAGAACGGCGACGAGAACAUUGACAAGUCGUACCUGGCCCCUCCUCAGCCGGUCAAACAGUUCCUGAUUUCACCGCCUGCCUCGCCACCUGUGGGCUGGAGCCAGAGUGAAGAUGCUACACCCGUUAUCAACUACGACCUGCUGUGUGCAGUAGCCAAGCUAGGACCCGGUGAAAAGUACGAGCUCCACGCAGGUACAGAGUCCACCCCCAGUGUGGUCGUCCACGUGUGCGAGAGCGAGACAGAAGAGGAUGAGGCAGCGCGGCCAAAGCAGCAGAUUGUCCAGACCAGACGUCCCGACGGACCCCCCAAAGUCUUCAACUAGAGGGCCUCACCCCCGACACCGGCGCGGCCCCCGACCGCCCCUUAACCCGCAACACACCUGCCCUCUCUCUCUUGUCUCUGCACUCACAGAGAGCGUUGAUGCCCCUCAUUUCAGUUCAACUACAAGCAAAAACAAACCAACAAGCAUUGCUCGAAACGGUGUUUGUGGGGAGCGUGGCGAUGGAAUGAGGCGGCUUGAAGGGGAUGGAUGAGAAUCACACACACACUCAUCACAUUCUGCGGACAGCAUAGGGAGCGGCGGGCAACGCUUGCCUCCACCCCACCAACCCCCCACUUGUUUUUAGCAAGAGGGGUCAAAAUACCUGUCCCAACGCAGGCACCUGUCACUUGUCACACACACACUCAGCUCUCAUUGCCUAGUCCUGCCCAGUAGCUUGCUCGUCCGUUAGCUUGUUAGCCAUACCUCUCCCUCUGUCUCACAGUCAUCUGUACAAUAAUCUUUGGUUGAGGACAUGCAAUACUUCAAUAUAGACAUUUUCUUACAUUUUCUUCUUUUUUUCUUCUUUUUUUUUUUACAAUGAAAUGUGUUUUCAGGUUGUUCUUUUUCUUCUUUUUCAUCCAUUUUCAU